UUUUGAUCGCUGUAUUUUCCUAGCCUAGUACAUCCCUGCUUCCUGCAGGGGAAGAAGCCCUCAAUCCUCAGCGGUCCAUCCCCGUGAGCACCAUGACCACGAUCUUCAUCUGCUUUGUGGUGUGCUUUGGUGUCUCAGCAGCACUCACCCUCACAGUGCCCUACUGCCAGAUCCGUCCUGAGAGCCCCUGGCCAGAGGCUUUCCUCUUUGUUGGGUGGGGCCCUGCCAGAUAUGUCGUGGCUGUUGGCGCCCUCUGUGCUCUUACGUCCAGUCUCCUAGGUGAUGUGUUCCCCAUGCCUCGGGGGAUGUACGUGAUGGCAGAGGAUGGAAUCCUUUUUCAGGGACUUUCCAGAUCCACGACUGCACCCGAAUACCCAUCAUGGCCAUCAUGUCUUCUGGCAUCUUUGCAGGUGAGACUCCACUACACCUUGGCUGGGGGUCAUGGACUCAAGAGGAGCUAAGAUUCUUCUAGCUUCGUGUCCUGCAUCUGCUGAAGUUGGGAAAGAGUUGGAUUAACUGUCUGAUAUUGGAUAAGUAUAGGGGCUGCUGUCAAUCCUGCCUUAAUAUCCUUUCACUCGGGUACCAGCCAGAUCAGAAUUGCAGCAAGAAGGAGAAAACAGAGGAGGAAAUUGAGGUGAAGCCUGAAGUUAAACAAAAUCCUCCAGAGCCUGUAUCUGAAGCAGGAAAUUCAAACAUUCUAAAGAGUCUGUGGUUCCCUACCAGCACCAUCCCCACCCAGAAAUCUGGCCAGAUUGUCAAUGGAUACACCUUCCUGUUUGGUGACCAGUGGGACUUCUUUUUGGUGGUAUUCUGAAAUUGACAGGAUGGGUUGGAAAUAGGUGUCUAUUUCAGGCAAGAAGUG